GAACACCGCGUCCGGAGCGCCGUAGCCUCAGAGGCGGAGCCGGAAGCACCACGGUUUGUCCGGCGAGCCCUUGUUUUCGGAGGGGCAGCCCCUUCUUGCUCUGCCGCUCCGCCUCGUUUACUUCCCUCUUUACUCGAGGCCGAAGUCCCUAGGCCUGCGCGGUGCGGCGCGACCCGAGCUCGAGACCCGGAAGAGGCGCCAUCUCCUGCCUUUUCCAUGGAGCCCACCGCGCCGUUCCUCACCGAGGAAGACCUGACUGAAGUGAAGAAGGACGCAUUAGAAAAUUUACGUGUAUACCUGUGUGAAAAAAUCAUAGCUGAAAGACAUUUUGAUCAUCUACGGGCAAAAAAAAUACUCAGCAGAGAAGACACUGAAGAAAUUUCCUGUCGAACAUCAAGUAGAAAAAGAGCUGGAAAAUUGUUAGACUAUUUACAAGAAAACCCCAAAGGACUAGAUACACUGCUUGAAUCUAUUCGGCGUGAAAAAACACAGAACUUCCUGAUCCAGAAGAUUACAGAUGAAGUGCUAAAACUUAGGAAUAUAAAACUAGAACAUCUGAAAGGACUGAAAUGUAGCCGCUGUGAGCCUCAUCCAGAUGAAGCUACAAACAACCUCUCUGGACCCAAUUCAGAUGAGAGUAAUUUCUCUGAAAAACUGCGGGCAUCCACUGACAUAUACCAUCCGGAAGGAGAAUCCAGCACAGCCCCUUUUUUUUCUACUGAUUCAUCUCUGAAUUUACCUGUUCUAGAAGUAGGCAGAACUGAUAAUACUAUUUUUUCUUCAGUGUCUCUUCCUAGGCCUGGGGACCCUGGGGCCCCUCCUUUGCCACCAGAACUGCAAUUAGAAGGAGAAACUUGUGGAAACUCGAGUGAGAUGUUUCUUCCCUUAAGAUCACGUGCUGUGUCAGGGCAAUGACAAUUUCCUACCUUUUAGUUCCUUAAAUAUUAUCAAAGAUAAAUCUUUUUGUAAAAUCACUGUAAUUAUUUCAUUUAUUAACAUUUGAUACUUAUAUUUUAAAAUAAGUACAAAGGAGCUCCAAAACCUUCAUAGACUAAUUGAAUGCAAUGGUAACAGAAUUUUUCCAUGGACUUUUUGAAGCCCCCUACGCAUUAUGCUUUAAAAGAACGUAGGCAUGUUAUAUAAAUAAAAUGUUUUAAAAGACAUGGAAAUUUAGGACAGCUAAUAUAAAUCAUUUUGACCAUGUACUUCUCAGUAUUUUCUACUCAGGUGUGUCUUUCAGUGUUGUAACUAUGUUUUUAAACUUUUUUGUAUUUUAAGACUAAUUUUAAUAGGGAACAUUCCUCUAGUUGAUUAAGAUAUGGUCGACAUUUUCAUGAUCUAAUCUUCCUUCUGCCCAUUCAUUGGGAAGUUGUCAGGAUUCCUCUGCUAUUGCGGUUCGAUAAUAAAGUCAAACUGAUGAGAAAGUUCCCAGGGAACUGAAGAGAACAUCUCUGCACUUGGUUGGGUUUCUCUGAGCUCCCAGAGCCCCUCUGGUGCUGGAGGAAUGCCUGAUGGACUGUGAUGCACCGAAAGUUCUCAGUUGCCAAAAACUCUUACUUGUUAGCCUUAUUACAAUUAACCUGGAUCAUUCAUUACUACUCAUGUCUGACUUUUCACAUUCCUUGCUUUAUUAUUUUAGUCCUUAUAGAAAAAAUCUUAGUUUAAGCCAUAUUUAAAUAGAUUUUUUCUGUACUUUGCAUUCUUUAAAGAGAAGCAAGCUUAUGUUGAAAUAACUGGAACAAAUUGUUUAUUGUUGUGUGUGCAUGUGUUUUGUUGAUAAUUCUGUUUUUAAUAAUUUUGAGGUAAACAGGCCAUUUUCCAGGAUUUAUUGCUUUGUUUUGGAUCACAAUUUGACUACAUGUAUGUUAAAUCUUAAACUCUGAAAGUUUUGUUUUAAAUCCCAAUUCUAUGUGUUUCUUUAUAUCUUUUUGUAUAAAUUUUUGUUAUUGUAAAAGGCAGAAAUGAAAAUUUUCCAUUAAAAUCUUUUCAAAUAUUUUAAAUGUAUAAUGAUAUAUUUGAGGAAUAUUGAAAUUUUCGCUAGGAAAUCACUUCUAACAUACUUUUUAUGAAUACUAAUUUUUAUAGGAACCGUAAAAUUGAGUUGCACUUCUGAAUAUUCUGCAUUUGUCAGUCAUGAAGAUUAACCUUGGCUUUAAGAAAAUGUUCUAAAGACUGGAUGGUUUUAUGUAUUAUGGAAAAAUGUUUCAUUCCUAGCUUAAAUUAAAAGAUAAUGACAUUGUUUAUGAAAUCUCUUUUAAGAGAUUUUUCAUUAAUUAAAGCUCAACGUGUGACUUCCUUAUUAAAUUUUCAAUCGGAUUUAUUCAAAAGACCAUAACCUACAUAAUCACAUUGUAACAGCUAUAUUUUUUACUUAUUUGAUACUAGUUUUGUUUUGAAUUGUUGACUUAACAGAAGACAAUAUAAUUAAGGUAUUAAAAGGUUUUGAAUUA